GGGAGGGGUCAGAGUCAUUGUACAGCUGGUUGCAGCCUGUGUCUUGCACAACACAGGAGAUGGCUGGAGAGGGAAGGUGCAGCCUGGGCACUGUGCUGUGUGUGAUCACAGGGGCCUCCCGGGGGUUUGGCAGGAGCCUGGCAUGGGAACUGUGCCCGAGAGUGAUGCCAGGCUCUGCCCUUCUGCUGGUGGCCCGCACAGAGCAGGCGCUGCGUGUCUUGGCCGAGGAGCUGACACUCCAGUACCCGGAGAUCGGCGUGAAAUGGGUGGCAGCAGAUUUGGGCACAGCAGACGGGGUGAAGAAGACGGUGCAAGCUGCACAGGAGCUGAACGGACGGGACGCGGCACAGAGGAUCCUCAUUAUCAAUAACGCAGGGUCUCUGGGUGAUAUUUCCAAAUCUUUUCUGGACUUCACAGACCCCCUAGAGGUGGACAGAUAUUUCUCCUUCAACGUGUCAUCGGCGCUGUGUCUGACCUCCUCCCUGCUGAAGGUCUUCCAGAGACGUCCUGGGCUGCAGCGGCUGGUGGUCAAUCUCUCAUCUCUGGCUGCCCUGCAACCGUUCAAGUCCUGGACGCUGUACUGCGCCGGAAAGGCGGCUCGGGAUAUGAUGUUCAAGGUGCUGGCCGAGGAGGAGACGGAUGUCCGUGUACUCAACUACGCACCAGGGCCCUUGGAUAACGACAUGCAGAAGGAAGUGCGGACACAGACUAAGGAUCCCGACUUGCGUCUCCAAUUUAUUAACAUGAAGAAAGAAGGAAAACUUGUGGACUGUCACGUGUCGGCCCGCAAGAUGCUGGACAUUCUCCAGGCGGACGCCUACAAAUCUGGCGAUCAUGUGGAUUUUUUUGAUUGAUGUUGGGCUGUGAUCGACUUUCAAUGACGAUCUUCUGUUUUUGUAAAAGGGAUAUAGAGGCUGGCUCCGCCUACAAGUGGGCUUAGUGUUGCACUUCUUAUCUUCUUGCGUUGCUCAGGACUUUACUGGUAAGAUCUCCCCAUGUGGAAUCCCAGCAAUUACAAACCCUAAACAAUAUUUUUUUAGUUUCUGCUACAAAACAUUUCCAAUAAAAAUCGAAUUUCUUCCUACA